UUUCUCGACCAGAUGAAACUUUGGGCCAACAAUGAGCAUACUUUGAUAAAUAAUAGAUUUUCUUUUAUGAGCUUAGGGCUAUGAAACAGUUUUUAUUUGUAGGCCUAUAUUGGCCUGUUCGUAUUCCUAUAACAAUUGUGUUUAGUAUUUUUUUUUUAUCGUUUCCUCCUUUAUUUCUUUAACAUUUUUGAGACAUUUCAACAACAAAAGUAACAAGAUCCAAUUUUAUUUUGUUUGACUUUUGACUUUUAAUAGUCCCUUGAUUAUUAUUGACAGGAGAACAAUGGUUUGAUAUUUAAUUCAGGUCAAUUUCAUUAAUUAAUAUCAUAUGGUAAAAUGGCCAUGCAGACAAUACAAUUAAGAAAAUGAUUGUACUUUAAUACAUUUAAGAAUUUAAAAAGUUUGUUUCCCUUUCUGAAGCGUCCCUGUUUACCCUUAUUUAUUGUGUUUUGAUGGAGAUUUGUUCAGGCUACUUGGGAGCGAGUUUUGCUGCGCAUGUUUCCGCUGUGCGCAUGUGCAAAAAGUAAAUCAUGUUGUAGGUCACUAUGGCGACGGGGCUAUUAAACCUUUUAGGGCUGUAGAGGGACUAGACGCAGAUUAUGCGCACAAGUGUUGCUUCGCAGACUGUCAGGUACUUUGAGGGCCACUUAAAUAUUGUAAUAGUCUCCAAAUAAAGGGGCUGGAUGUCUUAUUCUAAAGCUUUGAACUCGACUGGAAUUCUACGCAAGAACCUGUUGGUGGUGUGAAGAUUAUGAGUGAGGUGGUUUGCACAAAGACCCAGGAGGAAUAUGAGGAUGACUUUGAGAAGGAUCUGGACUGGCUGAUCAGUGAGGAAGCCCGGAGUGAGGACCAGGGUCCUGACUAUGAAGACAUAGAAGCAGAAAUCAACAGAGAACUAGAGGAGGAUGAGAAACAGCAAGGGACGAAAAGGAAGAAGAAAAUUUGCAAGGAGGAGAAGAAAGGAAACAAAACAGAGGAGGUGGAGGAAGAUGAAGAGAGGUGGCCCUCGCCUAUGGAGCCGUUAGAUUACGACUCAGACAGAGACAGCCCAACCAAGUCUUCCCCCGUAGUCCCGCCUCCUCCCGGGACGGAUGAGCAGACAGAAGAGGAGAAGAAGUACAUACAAGAGAAGAUCCAGCAGGCCAACCGGGAGCUACGAGACCAGGAAGCUCCAGAUAUGACGAGGCAAAGGCGGCUGCAUUUCAAGGAGAAGCUGGUGGAUCUGGUGGUGCCUCCGCUGCAGUUUGAGAAAGAGGGUGGUGAGGUGAAAGGAGUAAAGAGCAGCAAGGAUAAAAGUAACGGUUGUGAGGCUGAGGCUGAGGUGUCGGGAAAGCUUUCCGAGCUCAAACUGUCCCCCCAAGAAGAAAGUGCACAAUCUGGUGGAUCUGGAGGAGGGCAGGUAGUGAGAGAGGGCAGAGUCCUUGUAGAAAAGGAUGGAAAGUUUGACCUGGUCAGCCUAAAGGAGGUGGAGAGUCAAGGACUUCUCCCUCCAAUAUCAAACAGUGACUACUUCCUGUCACCUUCACAAACUGACAGCUCCAGAAAGAUCCCAAGGUCCUCAUCCUCCCCCCUCCAGUAUGGCAGGGAUCACCCUCUUGCCCCCAGACCUCCAGCUCAGCCAAGGAACAGGCCUAGCUCAGCUUCCCACAGCCAGAGAAGAGCAGGACGGAGGAACAGCAGCAGCAAGCGAAGAGUGCAGUCAGCCACCGGGACGCCCUGCCAGGCCACAUACACCCUCUCCCCCCAGCAGAAGGAGCUGCUGCAGAGGAUCCAGGAGAGGAACGACAAGCUGGCCAGAGAGACUGAACAGAGGAAGCUUGAGGAGGAGGAGCAAAAGAGGCAAGAGAACGAGCUGGCGUUUAAAGCCUGGAUGUUGAGGAAGAGGGAGCAGCUUCAGGAGGAGAGACGGAUCCUCAGAGCCAAGGAGAUGGAGAGGAUGAAUACUCAGAGAGACUCUUGUGACCCUGAUGAGUCCUUCAGGCUGUGGCUUCAGAGUAAGCACGAGCAGCAGCAGAGAGAGAGACAGCUGCAGGAGAUGAAGAAGAUGGAGGAGGACAGCGGUUACCUCUUACGCAGCCGUGAGGAGAGUGAACGUGCCUUUAAAGUGUGGCUGAGGCGGAAGCGGACGGAGAAGCGAGCAGAGCAGCAGGCAGCUCGAGAGCGGUCCCGCAGGUUGGUGCUGGAGGAGCGACGUGCGCGGCGCAUGAGGGACCUACUUUGUACCGUCAAUGAGAGCAAGCCAUUCAGAUUCACGGAACAGCUGGCCUACCGCUACUGAACCGAUGGAACCUAACAGGAAGCUCAAUAUCAAACUGGGUUGUACACAAUUGUUGUUGUUGCGAAGGGUUUUGUUUGUUCAUUUUUAUUUCUGAGCUGUGUUUGAAAAGCGUUCACCACCGUGACCUCUACUAAGUGUUAACAUGUCUGGGUAAAUGAUACAUCAGGGCAAGUUUAAAUGUUGUUAAAAUGUAUUGAGUGAAUGGUUUUUACUGUAAAUACUUUCUGUAGUGUCAGAUGCACUUUACUUUAAAUGAAGCUCUACAUAAACCUGGACUUACUGUUUGCCUUUUCAUCAGUGUGUUACAUAGAGAUACAAGGAAAACAUUUAUGAUCACAGGUUUCUUGAACAGGGGGAAAUGUAAAUGAUUCACAAAUUCAUGUGCAAGUGGGAAAUAUGAAAGAGACAAAAAGUCAGCACGCAAAUGUCCUUUAGGUUUCUUUAAUCCAGGUAAGGCAGCAACAAUUAAAGAAACCUAAAGGACAUUUGCGCGCUGACUUUUUGUCUCUUUCUAGUCUUGUUGCUGUCGUGCACCUUUUACUGUGUUUAACUGUCGAGAGUGCUCCUCGUUUGCGGUUUUUUU